AUGGCUUCCCUUGACUUGGGGAGCUUAAAAGGGAACUUUGAUGUUGCAGUUUGUGAUAAUUUUGCGGUGGCAGCCGUGGUAAUUAGUGACUCUUAUGGAGUGACCCACGUUGGUGGCAACAUGUUCGAGUCAAUACCUACUGCCGAUGCUAUCUUCAUGAAGUGGAUCUUGACGACAUGGACAGACGAUGAAGUGAAGUUGAUCAUGGAGAACUGUUACAAGGCACUCCCAGUUGGAGGGAAAAUGAUUGUCUGUGAGCCUGUGCUGCCGGAGAAGACUGAUGAAAGUCAAAGGACACGUGCCCUCUUAGAAGGAGACAUCUUUGUGAUGACGAUCUACAGGGCAAAGGGUAAGCACAGGACUGAAGAAGAAUACCGGCAGCUUGGUCACUUGGCUGGUUUCCCCCAUAUCCAGGCAUUCUACAUUGAUUAUGUCUUUACUGUUUUAGAAUUCCGAAAGUGAAUGCAUCAAGAGAUCUGUGUUACUUACUGUAACCCUUACCAAUAACAUAGCUUCAAAAAAAAAAACAAAAAUCAGGGUUACUAGCCUGUUGUAUUACUUUUCUACAAAAACCCUACCAAGCAUCAAUAAAUGUAUCUUGAUA